UUGGUAACAUUUUUCAAUAUCAUUUGGUCUUCGAUCUCUUUCCAUGACUUCCUUCUCCUUCUAAGUUCUAACCAUCCGCCAACCGAUUCCGAUCUGUGUUCUGCACCGCCAUGGCAGCGCCACCCGCCAGAGCUCGCGCCGAUUACGAUUACCUCAUCAAACUCCUUCUUAUUGGCGACAGCGGUGUGGGGAAGAGUUGUCUGCUUUUGAGAUUUUCUGAUGGUUCCUUUACAACCAGUUUUAUCACCACCAUUGGCAUUGAUUUUAAGAUAAGAACCAUUGAACUAGACGGCAAACGGAUUAAGUUACAAAUCUGGGAUACUGCCGGUCAGGAGCGGUUUCGAACUAUUACCACAGCUUAUUACCGUGGAGCCAUGGGUAUUUUGCUGGUUUAUGAUGUUACUGAUGAAGCAUCUUUCAAUAAUAUUAGGAAUUGGAUUCGCAAUAUUGAACAACAUGCUUCUGACAAUGUAAGCAAGAUACUUGUGGGCAACAAGGCUGAUAUGGAUGAAAGUAAAAGGGCUGUGCCUACCUCCAAAGGUCAAGCACUUGCUGAUGAGUAUGGUAUCAAGUUCUUUGAAACUAGUGCAAAAACCAACAUGAACGUGGAAGAGGUUUUCUUUUCAAUAGCAAGAGAUAUUAAGCAAAGGCUUACAGACACGGAUUCUAGAGCUGAGCCUCAGACUAUCAAGAUUAACCAACCAGACCAGGCAGCCGGUGGUGGUCAACCUGCACAAAAGUCGGCUUGCUGCGGUUCAUAAAAAGAAUCAGUAUCUGCAGCAAAAGAGUGCAGGUUUUCUACAAUAGCACUCAUCUGGGUGCUAAUGUUAUUCUGAUGACAUUAUAAGUGGGAGCAUGUAUUUGUCCCAAUGUAUCUCCCAACUGCAGAUGUCGUGUUUUAAAGUUAAUAUUUUAAAUUCUUUGCUCAUGGAGUUGGUGGAAAUUGUUGUGACUAGUUGAUAUGCUUCACUUUUCUCUCAUUUGUAGUCUGACUCUUAAAAGGACAUCUUCAUUAGAUUCGGCUAGAUUAUCGCAACAGUUUGAUCAUUUGCAAAAUGUCGGUCCAAA